AACGUGAAUAUAAAGAAUCUAGUCGUAAAAGAAUGAUUCAAUUUGAUUGCCACAGAAAACUGGAUAUAAAUAUUGAUAUAGCAGUAAAAAAAGCAAAAAUAAAGUUUAGUUAUGAUAUUUAUCAUAAAAAGCUUGUAGAUGUUGCUACUCCCAAGGAAAUAAAAUAUGAAAUCAUACAAAAUCUCUAUAUGGAUCCUAUAUAA